UUGCGUUUGGACAACAGGAGUGGGAGCAACGGGAGGACCUGAGUAUAUGACCUUUAUAAGAUUAAACUGGCUACCACUGGGCAAUGAAGGCUUGUCGCCAUGUUUGACGAACAAGGAGUGCCUCACGGACAGCAGGAUGAGACAAAGUCAGUUUGUCGAGGGUCCUGGACCUGGCAUUGGAGUUGCGUUCGGACAGGCCAUCGUUCCGACCUCCGAAGUUCCAACCCUACGACAAAGCCGAGUUUCUCCGGUGCCAGAGGCGUGGCAGGGCUGAGAAAUGCUGCGCUCUUCGAGCCACCGCCCACAGUCCUGCCCGACGCUCAGGUCAGAGGUCGGAUCGCACUGGAUGCCCGGGAUGGUGAGGGAUUAGCGAGAUCGAGGUGUUUGGAAGCACACCGCCAUGCCAAAUCUGGGCGUACACACAACAACACACGGCGGCUAGUUUUGUGGCUUGCAGGUGACGACAAAUACGGAUUAAUGUCGUCGUGGUAUCCGAAUCAAGUAAAGAAUGAUAAAGCCACUGUGGCUGACGAAGCUCAGCUCAGGGCUGUGUGAGAGUUAGGUAGGUAUGGAUUGUGAAAUUGUAAUCCACUGUGCCAAUGUGAUUGGAGGGUAAUACACCUGCGGACAGAAAACCCUGGUCUAAGAGUAAAGAACGUCAAAUACCAAUCUUAUAGUCGGAGGUACAGAAAUUACCUACAGCAGAUGUAGAGGAUGAUGUGCUCCGGAUUGAUUGGAAGGAUUCAAAGGCGGCUGUCACUUCUUGCGAAGCGCAGAAGCGAUGCCGUUCAUUGUGGGCUGAGUUAAUGGCCAAAAUGGGCCGUUUCUGGGAGAAGGUUCAACAAGAUGGCAACAUGUAGGGAAUCUUCUUGCUCAGGGUCCCGACGGAAGGAGAAUCAUGUGCGGUGG